CGGGAAUCGAGGAACUGCAUUUCCCAGAAGGCUGUGUUCGCCUUAGCCUUAACCGGACUACCCGUCGGCGGGGCGAACACUUCAUCCUGGGCUUUUUAAUUUCUCAGGGGGAAUGAGCGACGGUGGACACAGGCCUUUAGCGACGCCGUCCGUAGGCUGCCUGGCUUGGUGGUGCUGGACGCGGAGACAGUGGACUCGGUCAACUCUCCUUCCGGUCCCGGGUGCAAAAAGCCGAGGCGCCCAGUCUCCUUUAAUUGCGGUGGGCGGGGCGGGGCCAAGCGACCCGCGUUGCUAUUGGCGGCGGUUGGGGGCGCGGAAACUGAACGCGCCUCAACGGCAGCCGCUGCUUCCUCCGGCGCCUUGGGCGCUCCCAGCCCCGCCAUGGCAUCGCCCUACCCGGAGGACCCCUCGCUGGAGAGGCAUUUUAAGGGUCACCGAGAUGCAGUUACCUGUGUGGACUUCAGUUUCAACAUGAAGCAGCUGGCCAGCGGCUCCAUGGACUCCUGCCUCAUGGUGUGGCACAUGAAGCCCCAGUCACGUGCCUACCGCUUCACCGGCCACAAGGAUGCGGUCACCUGUGUGAACUUCUCCCCUUCGGGACACCUGCUUGCCUCGGGCUCUCGCGACAAGACCGUUCGCAUCUGGGUACCCAAUAUCAAAGGCGAGUCAACUGUGUUUCGUGCACACACGGCCACGGUGAGGAGCGUCCAUUUCUGCAGCGAUGGCCAGUCCUUUGUGACGGCCUCUGACGACAAGACAAUCAAGGUGUGGUCAACCCAUCGCCAAAAAUUCCUAUUCUCCCUGAGCCAGCACAUCAACUGGGUCCGCUGUGCCAAGUUCUCCCCGGAUGGCCGGCUCAUUGUGUCUGCCAGUGACGACAAGACUGUCAAGCUGUGGGACAAGACCAGCCGGGAGUGUGUCCACUCGUACUGUGAGCAUGGCGGCUUUGUCACCUACGUGGACUUCCACCCCAGCGGCACAUGUGUCGCUGCUGCCGGCAUGGACAACACGGUGAAGGUGUGGGACGUGCGGACUCACCGGCUCUUGCAGCAUUAUCAAUUGCACAGCGCAGCGGUGAACGCCCUCUCCUUCCACCCGUCGGGAAACUACCUGGUCACAGCCUCCAGCGACUCCACCCUGAAGAUCCUGGACCUCAUGGAGGGCCGGCUGCUCUACACGCUCCACGGGCAUCAGGGUCCAGCCACCACCGUUGCCUUUUCAAGAACGGGGGAAUAUUUUGCUUCUGGAGGUUCUGAUGAACAAGUGAUGGUUUGGAAGAGUAACUUUGAUGUCAUCGAUUAUGGAGAAGUCCUAAGAGUGCAGAGGCCCCCAGCCACGCUGGCCAGCUCCUCCGGGACUCUGCCAGAGGUGGAUUUCGCCAUCCCGCCAGGCAGGGGCAGGAGUCAGGAGUUGAUGCAGAGCCAGCCCCAGGAGCCCGUUAGCAUGCCUCAGACGCUGACCAGCACGCUGGAGCACAUCGUGGGCCAGCUGGACGUCCUCACCCAGUGAAACCAAAGGAAAGUUAGACAUUCUGUGCGGCACAGCUGAGACAGGGUGUUGAGCCAAGGACCAGCCCCUGGCUGAUUCCCGCAACCUGGCACAAGUGCCCCCAGUGGUGUGGCUGGGUGACUAUGCCGUCUUCCUGAGACCCAGGACACCUGGGACCCUCUGCCCUCCAGGAAUCUGGCUUCUGUGUUGGGACAACGGGCCUGGGGUGUUUCAAAUCAGUUUCAAAUCAGCUACAAGCCUGGAAAUGAUUAAAAGGAACUUUCCGUCAUAGGAGAACUUUCAGAAGCAGCCAGACCAUCACGUGCCCUGAUGGCUCAGACCCCUCAGACCCUACAAGGCAUGACCACAGGCCACCUUCUUUGUGGCUUUAUCAAGCCCCGUCUGUGCUAGGGGCCCCCAACAACCUAGAGCCCAGGAAGCCCUUGAAAGCCAGAGGCUCUCAGUUGCUGCAUGUGAUGGGCGGCUGACAAAUGUGUGGGAGGGGACAACGAUUUUCCAUGGGUAUCUGUGGCCCCUCAGGGCUUUGUACAAGUUAUGGCUCCAGUUUGCCCUCUACAUUUGCACAUGGGAUACGUGCAGGAGGCCUUCAGUGAAGGUGGUAGUAGCAGUGGCUCUGGGAGGAAGAGGUCCAGCCUGGGAACUCAUCAUGGCUGCCUGGGCUCAGAGGGUGCACCUUGGUCUGUCCUCUGAAGUGCCAGUUCACUCCGUCCUGCUUGAUCCCUUGUUAUGAGCCCAGGCAGCCAUGAUGAGUUCCCAGGCCAGGCCUCUUCUCCCAGAGUCCACUCUGGAGCCAGUGCUUGGAAAACUGGCCACAGACAGGCAGGAGCCCCAUCCUCCCUGGCCGGACCUGCUCAGACCUGUGGGUCUGGUGGGAUAGGGCCAGGGAGUGGAGCCUUCCCCCUUCCUGUCCCUUUUUGGCUAAGGGCCCUGGGCCCCUCCUCCGUCUUCCUUGUGGCCACCACACUCCCUUCCCUGUUCAGUCCUGUAAAGCCAACCACACAGGCCUCUUAACAGUGCCAAGAGUGUGCUGGGUUGUUUUUCUCUGCCUCAGGGCCUUUGUACCUGCUGCACCUUGUGCCUGGAACACACUUCCUUUGGUCCCUCUUGUGUUGUCUCCUCACGAAAGCCAUCUGGGCCCCCUGUCCAAGAACUGGAGCUCUCCUCCUAGGUCUACCCGCCCUGGCAUCAGCUCCAGAGCAGGAGAGCCAAGUCAGCAGCCCAGACUCCAUGCGGAGCUCAAGUCCUAUGGGCCAGACCAACACACCUUGCUCCUUUUCUCCUUGCUUCUCCCUAAACAUAGAGUGAAAGAGGCCUAAAAAGGAGGCAGAAUGAGAACUAGGGGGAAAGAGCUGAGGAAAAUGCAGGACAAGCCCACUUCAAGAGGAAACCAUGCCAGGGAGGAAAAAAAGGUUGGCAGGGCUGAAAGAAGCGGAGGGCAUGCCAAUAAGGAAGUGGGGGGCUGGGAAGUGGGUAGUCAACAGGAGGAAGGGCCACGAAGAGAGGCCCACAGAGUCCCUGAAGGGACUGCGCACUGCUUCACCAGGCCUGCAGGCUGCUCCGCUAGGGCGACUCGUACCUGCCCCUGUUCUGCUUCGUUCCACCACUUCCGAGGCAGGGGUGAUUUAUUCUCUCAGGGAGCACUGGACCCUCGCCUCCUCCAUGCACUGCUUGCACAACUCCUCCCGGGACCCGCUCGGAGCCCGCGGGAGUAUUAGGGCCUGGGCCCCUCACAGCUUUGGAGUCAGGUGGAGGCCCUACAGUCACACGUUGGCUUCUCAAGGCAUCAGAUGCAUGAGGCUCCAUCACACAUGUCAUGGGUGGAGGCUCUGUCCCACAAAAACCAGUUUGGACCCUUGGUGGGCAUGGGGGACAGUGUGGGAGCUGGGCUCACCUGCUUCAGAUCACGGAGCCCCAUGGGAGUGCAGACACCUGAUGCCUCAGUGCUGGUAGAGGGAAGACAUCUGAGGCCACGAAGUUCAGAACCAGGGCUCUGUCGAAAUGUCCCCCAUGUUGUCUUUUCUCCUGGUUGGAGUUGGGGGCCCUGGCUGCCAGAUAUAUGGCCAAGGACUGGCAUUUUGGUGCAAUCUCUUUGGGUGUCACUACAGUUCACAGGGGACUGAAAAUAAAAGCCUGUCACUUUA